AUGCUACAGCAACGUCAGUGCCGUGAUAAGAUUCGAGCUCUACGAGACGUACGAGAACGUAUUCAUUUCUACCCGUUACUGGACAAACAGGAAGAAACGUGUUAUUCAAUGCAGAUUUCUACCAAUAUGAUUCUCUCAAAGGAGGUGUUGGAUUGGCAAUAUGAUGAUGAUCGUUCGCAUACGAAUGCACAUGAGAACGUCGGAAUUGACGCAUUAGGAAGCCUUGAAAUGCUGUUAUUUGCAUUCUUUUCACGACAAGAAUUAUUGUGUGUCAGUGGUGUCUGCACGGCAUGGAAAGCUUUGGCUCGAGAUGAUUUAUUUUGGGAACCAAUGCUUUUUACGUCGUUGGAAAAGUAUCCGAUACGAUCGUUGCUAGGAUUAGAACGGGAUUCGACGCAGCAGCAGGACGUUGUACCUGCUAUCUUGGUAUACAUGGUGUAUCAAAAACUGCAACUUGCACAGGUGGCGUCUUUGAAAUGCAGUGACAAUGCAGCAAUAACGGCGAAUGCUGCUGCCACGAGAAAUAAUGGUCACUUUCUUGAGCUGCUUCAGCCGUUACAUGGGCAGCGACAAGCUGGACCACUUUCGCAGAUAAGGAGGGUAUGUCAAGGACGACGAGACGAAGCAACUAUGUGUGUGCAUUUGGUUUGUGUGAAAUUUAACUCAACAGCAUCGACGUUGGGAAUGCCAGAGGCGCAGAUGGCUGCGGGACUGCAUCUGGAAGAUCAAAGAGAAGAUCAAGGUGCUCCUACGGCCGGUGUGCUAAAUGAAGCGAUAGCAGUCCCUGAUGAGCAACGACCUGUUGCGAUGAAUGCUCAGAAUGGUGCUAAUGCUGCCGAGGACGAAGAUGUUUACAGUGUGGCGGACGGGCGGGAUCGGGUGACGUUGAGCACGUGGCUGUCCACGAAUAAGCGGGUUAACGAGCGGAUAUUACGGUCGUUCUUACGUCAAUUGUUGCUUGCAGUACAUACAUUGGAGAGGUCGAACUAUGAGCACGCUGACAUUUCCCCUGUCAAUAUUGUGGUGCACUGCCAGCCACGAAACAAAACGACAUUGCCACAGAAUGGCUCGGCUUCUGCAAAUUUACAGGUGGAACGAGAUGAAAGUGAGGAGAUGGACCAAGGUUCUGAUGCCAGUGUGGACAUUCCAGCUGUCCAUAAUGCAGUGGCAAAGGCUAUGCAGGACAAUCGCCAACGUUGUAGGCGACGCACGCCCUUUUUCCAGCUUUUUAUUAGCCGACGAAAUUGCCAUCACAUAGGUGGCACUCGAGGAAGAGCAUUGGAUCCAGUUCUUGCGAUGGAUGCGGAAAGAAAUAUUCAUAGAACGAAUGGUGACGGUUUACAUGCAAUCGCGCAACAGCGUCAGAUACCAGCAGGGGUACGACCAGAGGUAGCAGAUGAUGCUGGUGUUCUUGCUAACGGUGGCGAUCGUGGUGCCAUGCCUUUUCCACUUCGCCACCGACAUGCGUUCGCCCACCCCAAUAUGGUGAGCUCGGUAAUCCAAACCGCUAUGAUUGUGUGGGCUCGUGGUCGUUUUGCACAUGCAAACGCAUCCUCGGUGCUGACACAGCUACUGCGCUUCCCAGACAGCUUCUCGAGCAGUCUGCGGUCUUUCCUGGAAUAUGCUACGUAUCUUAUAAUCACGCACUCGGCAACCGCAUUCAAAUUGCUUCGACACGACUACCUGCAGUGUCCAGGAGCUCGACUAGAUCUCCACUUAUCGCCGUCACAUUGGUCUAGAACGUCAAUCAGCGAUGUGAAUAAGUAUAAACGCGAGCUCAUAGCGUAUUAUGGCACCUUGUCAUCCCGCGUGGAAGAGUUUCCAAACGAGAGUAUGUCUGUGAGUCCACUAGUAAUGGAUGAGCUCAUGCCCAGGACAAACUUAGGCACUCAGUACUUUUCCGAGGCUCUAGAGGAAGCUACUCUUCCCACAAAACGCUUUGUCAGCGUCGUCGCACCGCCUACUGCAUCAUCCUCCUGGGUCCGCAAACUUGCGCGUACGCAGACGUGUACACUACAGCGGCUGGAUCUUUCUCAUGUGCGCAUGCCAAUGUCUGUGCUGUUGCAAGAGCUCGCCACGCUGCCACGAUUAACGCACCUGCGUUUGCCCAAACAGAUUUUACGAGACGAUAACAUGGAGCACCUUGUGGCUGCAUUGGCGUAUGCUGAUCUCCUACCGCACCUGCGAGGACUCGAUACAAUUGUGCGUCAGGCCAUGGACCGUAUGGAAAACUCUUAUCUCAUGCAGCUCGAUAUGGUCACGUUCCUUUUGCGAAAACCCAGUACGUCUUGUCGUAACCUAGGAAAAUAA